CAGAAGCAGCAGCAGCAGCAGUAGCAGCUGUGUGAUGCCCGUGGACAACGGCAGCCGUGGAUCGCACUACUCGGCGCAUGACUUCGCAACGUUUGGGCACUGCCAGUCCAAACUGGACACCACCACUGAUUUCGGCGAUAGCGAGGGCGUCGAUUGCUACAGCAACACGAAGAAGCCAACUUCGGCGUCAUCGGUCACACAGGUGCAGACGUCCACGCCGUCACCGAGCUACCCGUCGGCGAACUCGUGGCCCGGGUUCGGGAACAGAUAUGCGCAGGGCGAGGAUGUGCAGAUGCCCACCGUGGAUUCUCUGAAGUCACCAUGUGGUGGUAUCCCAUGCGAACUGCUCAUCCAGCAUCACAAGGCAAGAAGGCGUGUGUAUGUAUUCUCCUCAAAAAUGGCCAAUGAUGCUGCCGUUGGCGUGCGCCAGAAGAAAUAUGAGUCAAUAAUUGCGUGGCACGAAGCGAACUGUCGUCCGAGCACGUCCAGAGCAGAUUUCACCGAUGACUGUCAGGCAGCGAAAAAGAAACGGCGUAAUUUG